GACCCUGCUGGCAUUUUUGAGCUUAUCGAAGUCGUUGGCAAUGGCACUUAUGGACAAGUCUAUAAGGGUCGCCACACAAAGACUGGUCAAUUAGCAGCCAUAAAGGUGAUGGAUGUCACCGAAGACGAGGAGGAAGAAAUAAAGUUAGAAAUCAAUGUAUUAAAAAAAUACUCAAAUCAUCGCAAUAUUGCUACAUAUUAUGGCGCUUUUAUCAAGAAAUCUCCACCUGGUAAAGAUGAUCAAUUAUGGUUAGUUAUGGAAUAUUGUGGUGCCGGUUCGGUUACCGAUUUAGUUAAGUCAACAAAAGGACAAAGUCUUAAAGAAGAAUGGAUUGCAUACAUAUGCCGCGAAAUAUUGCGCGGUCUUAGUUAUUUACAUUCAAAUAAGGUUAUCCAUCGUGAUAUUAAGGGACAAAAUGUGCUACUAACAGAUAAUGCUGAAGUGAAAUUAGUAGAUUUUGGUGUUUCAGCGCAAUUGGAUCGUACGAUAGGUAGAAGAAAUACAUUUAUAGGUACCCCAUACUGGAUGGCGCCAGAAGUUAUUGCUUGUGAUGAGAAUCCUGAAGCCACUUAUGAUAAUCGUUCAGAUUUAUGGUCUUUAGGUAUUACAGCACUCGAAAUGGCCGAAUCUCAGCCUCCUUUAUGUGACUUGCAUCCAAUGCGUGCAUUGUUUUUAAUUCCACGUAAUUCACCACCACGUCUCAAAUCUAAGAAGUGGUCAAAAAAAUUUCAGGGUUUUAUUGAUACAGUUCUUGUGAAAGACUAUCAUCAGCGGCCUUACACAGAAGAACUUUUAAAGCAUUCAUUUAUAAAAGAUCAACCCACAGAUCGUCAUGUUCGAAUACAACUUAAAGAUCACAUUGAUCGUUGCAAAAAACGAAAGCAAGAGAAGGAACGCGAAGACUAUCGUUAUUCCGGUUCGGACAAUGAUGAUGAUGAGCCGCAAAUUGCUGGCGAGCCCAGCUCUAUUAUACAAGCACCAGGUGGUGAUACAUUACGUCGCAAUUUCCAACAAAUACAAGAAGGCCGUAUAGCUGCUGAACAACAGCAACAACAACAAAUAGCUGCAGCUGCUGCUGCUGCACAAGCGCAAGCACAAGCCCAGGCACAACAGCCGCAAGCUAACCGCAAUCAAAAACCACAACCAGUAAAUUCACGUGAUCAAAGGCAACAAAUUGAAGAACCUGGACCACCAUCACGGCCAGCACUGCCACAACGUUUAAUUGUGGUACCAGAUCCACCACAUGCCAAUCGCCCAUUGCCACCAACUCCUAAAAGUUCAGAACCGUCGUCGCAAACGCCACAACAACAACAGCGUAAUUCGCAAAAUAAUUUCAAGCCAUCGUUACCACCAAGGAGACCUGAGGAUUUGGACAUGAUAGCAGCACAACUAAAUGAAUUGGGCGUCUCUCAACAGCCGCAACCACAAACUCCUUUUGGUCAGCAACAGGCACAACCAGAAGCACCACCAAGGAACAAUCGUCAAUCUGGCCCACCAUCAUCAUCGUCAUCAGCUAUAUCGUCACAGAUGAAACCUGCUGCAGUACCGCCAUUAUCAAACAAUCAUCAUGCACAACCUAUAAAUCCAUUAGAUCCAUUGGAUAGCAGUGAUUCAGAUAGUGAACCAGAUGAACCUAACGAACGUGGAAGAAAUGAUGGCACCCUAUUAGCAAGUGAUCCCCCCAAGCCACUGCCUGGUCUUGGACCAGUAUCUGAAGACACAACGACCACACCAAUUACACAUGGUAGUGGUGGACCACCGAAUCGCCCAUUGCCUCCUACACCAGAUGACGACGAUCAAGCUGGUGAUAGAACCUUGAUCAUGAAGCGGAAACUCGAAAAUCAAAACAGAAUUCAAAAAUCAGCUUCAACUUCAUGUGCCAACUUGCCGCCCCGUGCUCAGCCUCAGGUAGAAUCCAGAGAGGAAGCUGUGCUUCUGCGCGAAUUGGACUUUGAAAAAUUCUUUCCAAAACGUGAUCCAAAAUCUGGGGUUACAAGUCUUAAUCGUGUUUCCAAUUCAAGCACGCUAAAGGCAGAACAGAAAUUGCAUCGUAGUAGCGUAGCUGAAAUGUCUCCAAGACAUAAAUCACAUCAUCAGCAACCUCCACCGCCACAAGGCUUUACCCCGCUUAAAGGUGGUAACAGUAACAAUAAUAGCCAAAGUACAUCAAGUGUAGCAAAUACAGCCAAAGAUCAACGCCAUUCAAUAAUAGCAACAACAAAUAAUAAUAAAAUUAGCCAAAGCGCUGUGAAUAGUGCCAAUAAAACGACAACAACUACAACAACAACAACAGCAGCAGCAGCAAUAAAUGUCCAACCAAGUGCCUUAACACGUAGUGCCAAUGCCGCAACCAAAGUCACUGCAUCAAAUGCAACGACACGUUUGCAACAAGCCCAACCACAACAAAUGCACAAACGUCAAGAGUCUGACUCUAAACUGCCAUUUGUACGUGGUUUCCGUCGUGAAAAUUCCGAUUUCUUUCCGCUAACCAAAAGACAUUCUGCUGUGCUGGCCAACAGCAAUAAUGUCAGCGCAACAACAGCACAAAUGUUGCAAGCACAACGUGCCAGCGCCAUGAUACAGCGCUCUAGUAUUUUUAAUAAUAAAAAUGAUAAUAUUACAACAAAACCAAAGGAUACUGCCGUCACAAGCACCGGUAAUAACACAGCAAUAACAACGUCAUCGUCAUCGUCGUCUUCCAAUGUUGCCAAGCAACAAAGCAAAACCAACAAUCUUUCCACUCCGACGAAUAUUCUUCCAGCUAAUACCAAAUCAAGCUGGACCAGUAAUUUGACACCUAAAAAUUUAGAUUUCCUACGUUUGAGACGCGAGAAGACUGAAUCUGUAAUUGUUUUACAAAACUCUGCAGCGCGACAGCAAUCUUUUCUGGCACAACACUUUCUACAGCAUCAACAACAACAUGCGCAGGAACAACAAAUGCAGCAGAAUCGUAGCAGUGAAAACAGUGGACUGGGUACACCCGGCACUCGCACCAGCAGUGUUUUGCCAGACUUGCUUAGUCAGGCUUCACCAGCAACACCGCCACGUCAUGAUAAAUCCUCCAGUGAAGAGUAUCAAGCGGCCAUUAGUUCAUCAGUUCAUUCCACGCCGUCUAAAUCGUUUAUUGCUUCCAAUAAUUCUCCACAAUCGACAAUUUCAUUGUCGUCUUCGUCACGUCAGAAUAGUCCCAAAAAUUCAAUUUGUAAAACUCGUUCUUCCAGUAGUAUUACUAAUUUAUUACAUAAAUCUGCUUCUUCUUCUUCCAAUACAUCGUCACCGCAUUCAUCUUCCGCUAACUUGCCACCGCAUGCACAUGCCCUACAACAGAAACAACGUAGUUUCCUUACAUUUGGAUUUGGUGCUGGCGGUUCGGGACCAUCGCGUCGUGAGUCUCAUGUCAAUGUUAAUGUGACACCAACAUCUCAUGACGCUGCUAGUGAUACACCGGAAAUACGUAAAUACAAAAAACGUUUCAAUUCUGAAAUUUUGUGUGCUGCCUUAUGGGGUGUUAAUCUAUUAAUCGGUACAGAAAAUGGUCUUAUGUUAUUGGAUCGUUCGGGUCAAGGAAAAGUAUAUCAACUUAUUUCUCGUCGUCGAUUCCAACAAAUGGAGGUGCUUGAAGGACAAAAUAUUCUGGUAACGAUAUCUGGUAAAAAGAAUCGCGUACGUGUAUAUUACUUAUCAUGGUUAAAAUCAAAAAUUUUGCGCACUGAUGGCUUAUCAGACCAAGUUGAACGCCGUAAUGGUUGGAUAAAUGUUGGUGAUCUACAAGGUGCUGUACACUUUAAGAUUGUGAAAUAUGAAAGGAUUAAGUUCCUAGUGAUUGCAUUAAAAGACUCAAUUGAAAUCUAUGCAUGGGCUCCAAAACCAUAUCACAAAUUUAUGGCAUUUAAGAAUUUUGGUGAAUUGGAACAUCGUCCACUUUUAGUGGAUCUUACAAUUGAGGAUCAAUCUAGACUGAAAGUGAUUUACGGUUCUGCUGAGGGUUUCCAUGCUGUUGAUUUAGAUUCUGCUGAAGUAUACGAUAUUUAUCUUCCUAAACAUACUCAGGGUGCAAUCAUUCCGCAUUGUAUUGUGGCUCUUCCAAAUUCCAAUGGAAUGCAACUAUUGCUUUGUUAUGAUAACGAAGGUGUCUAUGUUAAUACUGUUGGUCGUGUCUCAAAGAAUUUUGUAUUGCAGUGGGGAGAGAUGCCAACUUCAGUGGCAUAUAUUGGUACCGGACAAAUAAUGGGCUGGGGCAAUAAAGCAAUAGAAAUUCGUUCAGUUGAGAGUGGCCAUUUAGAUGGUGUGUUUAUGCAUAAAAAAGCUCAGCGUCUAAAAUUCCUUUGUGAACGAAAUGACAAGGUAUUCUUUAGCAGUGCCAAAGGUGCUUCAUCGUGUCAAAUAUACUUUAUGACACUUAACAAGCCUGGAAUGGCAAAUUGCGUUGCUGCUAUUUGAUUUUCUAUCACAACGAAAUAACUGAUUUGUUGGAGAUCUCAACCGAAAGUAAAUCAUAUACUUCUGUUCUGCUUACUGUGCUAAAGAAUUCGUUUCUUAGAAAACUGUGCUGGUAACUUAAUGCUUUGAAUUUUUUAUAUAAACCUUUAUACCUUUAUUCUAUACCAAAAUGACUUGAAAUUCAAGCGUAAUUUAAGUAUUGCUAUUGACCAUCAAUCAUUUAAAAAUAUCUCACUGUAUUACUACUUGAAAUGUGCUCCUUUUCGCUUAAUUUUGUUGUUAAUCAUAAUCGUUUAUGUUUUUUUUUUCUAAAUACAAUUCAAGUCAAAAAUACUUUUAACGUAAUUACUUUUUU